CCCAGUGUUCGUGGGGCUGAGGUCGUCUCAGGUGAAGAGGUCGCGCCGGAAGUGGCUUAGGCUGUCGCGGUUGUGUGUUGUAAAGAGCCUGCGGCGGAGUUGUUGAGGGGCUGCGGCAUCACUCCGUUUCCUCCCCCUUCCCGGCAGCAGCCAUGGCGAAAGGCAGCAUCGCGGAACGGUCGCAGACGGAGGCACUCCCCACGACCCCAGUAGGGGACCAGGCAGCGCGAACUAGGGCUCCUGCGGCGCCGAGCAGCGGAGACCACUUGAAAGAGAAAGCCCGGGAAGAAGCUGGGUCAGCAAGAAUGUCACUCCUUAUAUUGGUGUCCAUCUUCUUAUUGGCAGCUUUUGUUAUGUUUUUGGUAUAUAAAAAUUUUCCCCAGCUUAGUGAAGAAGAAAGAGUGACUAUGAAGGUUCCCAGAGAUAUGGAUGAUGCCAAGGCUCUAGGAAAAGUUUUAUCCAAAUAUAAGGACACCUUUUAUGUACAAGUACUUGUAGCUUAUUUUGCUACAUAUAUUUUCUUGCAAACAUUUGCUAUUCCAGGUUCUAUAUUUCUCAGUAUCCUCUCAGGGUUUCUUUAUCCCUUUCCACUAGCCUUAUUUCUUGUUUGUUUGUGUUCUGGACUCGGUGCCUCAUUCUGCUAUAUGCUUUCCUAUUUAGUUGGGAGGCCAGUUGUAUACAAAUACCUAACAGAGAAAGCAGUGAAAUGGUCACAGCAGGUUGAACGUCAUAGAGAUCAUCUCAUUAACUACAUUAUAUUUUUGAGGAUAACACCAUUUCUGCCUAAUUGGUUUAUUAAUAUUACUUCUCCUGUGAUAAAUGUGCCACUGAAAGUUUUUUUUAUUGGCACUUUUCUAGGUGUUGCACCUCCCUCUUUUAUAGCUAUCAAUGCGGGAACAACACUAUACCAGCUUACAACAGCAGGUGAAGCUGUUUCCUGGUAUUCAGUAUUUUUUCUGAUGAUUUUGGCUGUUCUUUCCAUCCUGCCAGCCAUUUUCCACAAAAAACUAAAGCAGAAGUAUGAGUAAAAAAUCAUGUGAGUUUUAGUUUUCCCGUCACCAUCAUCAUCCUCUUCAUCAUCAUCAUCUCAGGAUUAGCAGGAGUAUCUACUUAUGUGUUAAAAUCACCUCUUCAGCAGUUGAAACGAGGAAUCAAAUUUUCUGUUGGACGUUUAAAAUAAUGCAUUUAAUUGACAAGGAGAAAAAAGUAAGAAAUGGAAAUUGAUACACUAUAAAAAGUGCUGUCAGUAGUGAUGGUAAGCAUCUUCUAAAUUACUAUACAAGAGGGAGCUACAGAUAAUUACCAACAGCAUGGUAGGAAAUUCUUGAUCCAACUAGUUCAUUUAUUUCAUGAACUAGCCGUACAUUCUUACUCAUAACUUGAUAAUUUAAUAAUAUUUCCUCUCAUCCCUUAAUAAUAACUAAAAUUAAUAUACAAAAACAGAUUCUGGAUUCUUAAAAAAGUGUUGUAUUUCUGGCUAAGAUCAACCUUCUUUCAGAGCUAAACUUGAAAACUAAAGCUUAAAAGAGAUUUACAUUUUUUUUCUUCUUUUUACCUUUGAGGUGAUAGAUUUGUUUAGAGCUUGUGUCUUGGUAAACCACUGAAUAUGGAAAAGGAUAUCAAGUUAUAUCUAUUUUGUGAAUUUUUUCUUUCUGUUCCAGAUUUUUAUCAUGGAUUAGUUUGAAAUUUAUAAUUCUGACCAGCCUGUUUUCAUCCUUUUGUCUAGCAUAUACAAAAUGGAGAUUAUAUAAUAAGUGUAUUAUAUUUGAUGUUGAUAAUUUAUAUUCAGAUAAUAUUUUGUUAUACAGUUCCCCAUUAUUAUCUUAGAAGGGAAUCUAAAAAACAGCAGUCUUAUGUGUUAGGUUAAUGGUAGUACUUUAUAUUUUGAAACAAACUUGGUGGUAAUGCAGUUCUUAAGUGGUUCAAUAUAGUAAAUUGCUUGGUCCAAUGACUAAAAUUUACCUCAUUUAUUUAUUAGUUUGGUUAUUAAGUUAUAUAUUAUGUAAUUCUUUUUAUGCAUGAUAUAUACCUAAAAGAAUGCAUCGUUUCAUUUCUCUUGCCUUUUUUUGUGUUGGGCUGCUUUUGAUGAAUGCAGCUUCCCAAUUUAGUGUUUUUACUUUUUCUAAUUCACAAGGUAAGAUUAACUUCUAACAUGGUAACUAAUAUAUUUAGAUAGUAUAGUCCUAGAAAAAACUAAACAGCUUUUUGUGGCUUAGUGGUCAUGCCCUUGUUUCCUUAAUUCUAGGUCAUCACCAGUCUAAAUUCUCUUGUCAGUUUUACCUUCACUGAAACUUGUUAUUAUGUUAAAAGUACUUUAUUUGUGGGAGAAAUCCUUGUAUGUUUUUAUUGUGAGAAGUAUGAUCAUCCCCAAAGCCUCUUUCUACAACAUAAUGUGGAUUGAUUCGUUAUUUUUUCUAUCACAGUAUUAACAAAUGGAUUUAUUGUAAAUACAAAGAAAAUAUAUUGAUUAAUAUACUAUUCUUGUGUCACCUGGCCUUUUGUGUGAAAUUAUUUAUUAUUUCUAGCAAGGCUUUCUUCCUUUCUUAUUGACCAGAGACUGAGUAAUACAGCUUUUGUUAUUUUUACAAAUGAACCUAAAAUAUACCCUUUUUGGACAAAAUUCACUAAAUAUUACCAUGUAAAAUGUAAUUAAGCCAGUUUUUAUCAGACUUUUAAAAAUAAGAGUUUGGACUCAGGAGAAACCUCACUGUUUACUCUGGUGUGUGUAUGUUAUGCCUACUCUCUUAACAGAAUAUUUUCCCUGUCCUUACUGUUGAUUGUUUCACUUUGCUGCUUUCCCCUCACACAUUCCCACAAGAGAGUAUCCAGUCUUUCCAGAUUCAUCGUCAAUGACUGUCAAGAAAGAGUCCCUCACCAGGCUGUAUCCUAAAUGCAGCUGGUAGCCUGCAUUUACAGAUUCACAGACUUGGCCUGGAGCCAAAUGUAAAUUCAAGCGUCAGUCACAGCUUAGACAAUUAUACAGUAAUAUCUACAAGAGAGCAAGUGUGUAUGUAUGUGUGUGUAGGGGAAGAGGUGGGAGGCAGUGAGCAAGCUAGCUAGGAAGCCUGAGGCACUAAGAAAGUGAGACUCUGACCUUCUUCGUUAAUAGCCUCUAUCUGGAGCUCCACUACUUUGAAUGUAAUAUCUGUAAAAUACUAUUAAUAAAUGCAAACAAAAAUGUAGUAAGAAUACAUUGUACUGGAGAAAGUAAAACGUACUUGGGAUUUACUUCGUGGAAGUACUUGUAUUAAAAAACCUUUCAAUGAAUAAAAAUAUUUUCUCUUGACUUUUUUUUUUCAUUUUUAUUUUGUUGUUAAGAAUAUACACAGUAAAACAUACACCAAUUCAACAGCUUCUACAUGUGCCAUUUAGUGACAUUGAUUACAUUCUUCAAGUUGUGUAACCAUCCUCACCCUCCUUUUCUGAGUUGCUCCUUAUUAGCAUAAGUUCACUGCCCCUAAGGUUCCAUUUUAUCAAGUUGCUGUUACCAGUUUGAUCCUAUAUAGAUAGUUCUUCAAAGAGCAUAAUGCUCAAGGCAGACCUUUUUUACUAGUUAAGCUAUUGUUUGGUUUUAAGAAGACUUAAGGGGGUAUCUUUGGUUUAAGUCUUAAAGAUUUUUUCAGGCCCGUACUUUCAGGGAUUCACCCAGCCUUCAUGGCGGCAGGAAACCAAGUCCAUGAGAAUUUGAAAUUCUGUUCUGCAUAUUCCCCCUUUUGAUUAGGAUUCUUCUAUAGAAUCUUCGAUCAAAACAUUCAGUAAUGGUAGCUGGGCAUCAUCCAGUUCUGGUUUCUUGGCAAAGGAGGCAGUUGUUCACGGAGGCAAUGAGCCACACAUUCCAUGUCCUAUUCCCGACUCCUUCCUUUGUUCCUCCACGCAAAUAGAGAAUUUGUUGUGCCUUGGAUGGUUGCUUGCAAGCUUUUAAGACUCCAGGCAUUACACAACAAACUAGGAGGUAGAAAAGAAACACUAAACAUGUAAUUAGGCCAACUAACUGGGAUGUCCCAUGAAACCAUGACCCUGAACCUCCAAACGAAGGAACCAAAUAGCAUGAAGUUUUUGGUUAUGUUAUUCUCUUGAAUUUUGAUGCACAUAUUUGCCUCUAAGAACAAAGAUCUUUAAAAUUUUAACCUAGAUGGUUGGCUUUUGAGGAUCUUAAAGCAAAAUUUUAAAUUGUAAAUAAAGGUAAAUAUAAAAAUUCUCUUUGAAAAAAAUAAAAAGGGCCAACAUUGCCUGUUGUAUAAAAAAUUACCUUUCAUCUUAAAUGCUAGCAAGUGGCCAUCUAAGACGCAUCAACAAGCCUCUACCCACCUGGAUCAAAGGAGAAUGAAGAACACCAAGGUCACAAGGUAAUUAUAAGCCCAAGAGACAGAAAGGGCCUCAUGAACUAGAGACUAUAUCAUCCUGGGACCAGAAGAACUAGGUGGUGCCCGGCCACAGCCGAUGACUGCCCUGACAGGGAGCACAACAGAGAACCCCUGAGGGAGCAGGAGAUCAGUGGGACGUAGACCCCAAAUUCUCAUAAAAAGACCAGACUUAAUGGUCUGACUGAGACUAGAAGGACCCCAGCGGUCAUGGUCCCCAAACCUGUUGGCCCAGGACAGGAACUAUUCCCAAAGCCAACUCUUCAGACAUGGAUUGGACUGGACAAUGGGGUGGAGAGAGAUGCUGAUGAGGAGUGAGCUACUUCCAUCAGGUGGACACUUGAGACUAUGUUGGCAUCUGGAGGGUAGAGGGGGUUAGAAACUGGCAAAACGGUCAUGAAAGGAGAGACUGGAAGGAGGGAGCGGGCUGACUCAUUGGGGGAGAGUAAAUGGGAGUAUGUAGUAAGGUAUAUAUAAGUUUAUAUGUGAGAAACUGACUUGUAAACUUAAAGCACAAUAAAAAUUAUUUAAAAAAAUUUACCUUUCAGUGUUUGUAAUUUAGCUAUUUAGAAGGCCGUGUAGAAUCCUUCCUUGCAGGUAGCCCCUGACAUUCCUUGGUUCCUUGGCAAUCCUCACAUGGUGUGUGUCUUUCCUGAGGUAUGCUUAUCUCUGUCUAACCUGUUCUUAUAAUUUACAAGUUUUUAGGUUUAAGACAUACCCUACACUUGCAUGGCCUCAUUAACAUGACAUUAGAUUCCAUUAUGAAGGUCAUUAGAUUACGUCCGCAGAAACAGGGGUUAGGAUUCUAACAUAAUUUUGGGGGACACAAUUCAAUCCAUAAUACGUUAAUGAGGCUUGAAGAAAAGAAGGGGUAAAGGAACUGAAAAGUCUCCUGGAGGUGAGAGCAAGUAGUGGGAGUGUGGGUGAGGUAAAGCUGGAGGGAUAGGAGGGGUGGUCAGAUAUGUGCACAGCAAUUUCAGGCCUCAAGUUUUUCCAUUUGGUGGUGAAAGCCUUCUGAGCAAAAUGAGGCUGAAGGUUUUCAACUUCCUCCUUUGGAAGAAAGUGCUGUUGAAAAACACUUUGUGAACACGAAGAUCUGAAUUGGGACAGACAUAGGGUAUGUACCAGUCAGGGAUCAGUGUAGUCAAACCACUCCAGGUUUUGUUUGUUUGAAGUCAAGAAAGGUUUAAUGAAUAAGUGCAUUCUUAAACAAGCUGUGUGUUUUGUUUUUUAAUUGACCAGAUGUUUUAGGUUAGUUUCCUCAUUAUUAAUGGUGGUACGGUAGGAACAUUCCAUUAUAACGUGCGAUAUUUUGGAGUUGGUUUGGAGCAACGCUGUUCCAGGUAUUUUAAGCAGAAAAGAACUUAAUAUAGGGAAUUUUAGGUGUUUACAAAAUCAUUGGAAAGUUUGGAGGAGCAAACUUUAAACUGGCCCUCCAGGAAUAACUCCUACAAAACUCCAGAAUUGGCACUAUUGUGUUCAAGAACUCACCACUAUGGCUGUGACCCUGGGCUCAGGAGGAUAGAAUCUAAACUACCACAGCAUCCACUGCUGUUUCCUGGGCACUGGAAGAAGGAGUCUGCUCUGCCACUACUACUCUGUCACGUUGUCUACAAAGCUGGAGAUAGAUACUGGCAUCUCUACAACAAUAUCUGCCUGCUGAAAACAGACAAAAGUAGCGGGAAAAUGGCCCCUGUGUCUCUUCUAUGUUUAAACCUCUUGCAAGUGCAUAUAAAAUUUGUGAAACCUAAUUUAUACCCAGAACUCUAUAGUUUUUAGAGUUGUUAGCUUUCACUCUUCGGUACAGAAGGGAAUAAUCAGGGCCAGCUACAUUCGCAGGGCCCAGUGCAAAAUGAAAAUGCAGGUCCCUUAUUCAAGUAGCAGGAAAAAAGUGAUGUUAAAGGCACAGAAAAUAAGAUUUUUCCUUUCUUCCAAGGUCUCCCUCCUUUCAUAGUGGUUUCUAUUUAAUGUUUUAAGUAAACAAAAAAAAAAUUUAACUAUUAGCAUAAAUUUUACCAUUCAUCUUAUACUGUGCAAUACCUGUUUUAAACACAAAUGUAAGAGCGUUUAACUCGUAGGCUGAAUUACCGAAAUUACGCAAUUCUUGUUGCAAUUCUUACCUGCAUAUGUACUUCAUUCUUACGGGAAUAGUGGAAAUGCUUCAAAAAGUACCUCAACUGUUUUUUUUUCUUUUUGAUUGUAAUGUAUACACAAUGACACAACAUUUCAUCAGUAUCUACACCUACACCUUCAACUGAUUUUAAUUUCACUUCUUGACAUGCCCACAUUCUACCAACACUCACCCUCUGCUUACGUGGAAGGAAGGAAUAACUGAAAGAAAAAGGAACUAUGGGUUGCCCUCUUUCCCUUUUCCCUAUGCCAUUUUCAGUGGUGAUAGGCUAAUACAGGGAAUUAACACAAAAAUUAGAAAGGAUGUGAUAGAAUUCUUUGGUCACUUGUAUUACUUGAAAUGCCAUUAUCAUUCUUCCUUACAAGCAAGUUCUCCUUUGAACAGAAAGCACAGCCUGUCAGGAUUGUCAGCACUCCUAAUUAUGCAGUUUUAGACUAACAAUGCUUACCUUCUACUACCUUUGAGUCUUGCUGAAUUCCCACACCUUAUAGGUCCACUAAAACUCUCUCUCUGUUCAUGGAGUAUUCUAAACGCUGUAUGGGAAUGGGGCAGCAAGGAACUGUGGGCAUGGAUAUUGCCCAUAUCUCUAUUGCUCACAUGUGUGCUCUUCUAUCUUGCUGGACUCCACUUGCAAAGCACAAGUUCAAAGAUAAAAUUAUUAAGAAUUUCAAGACUGUGACAGUAGAGCAUUACACCAUUAUACUAAGUACUGGGCCCUCCUAAGUAUAAGGCCCUUUGUCCAUAUGGGAUGCCCAUGAAGUUGGCUCUGGAAAUAAUAGGUGGGAAUGGAUGUUGCGUGCCAACCAGUAUAGAGCAUGUACAAACAUGAGUAGGAAUGGAAGGUGGUCUACUGAGGCAGAAGAGUGAAGCAGAGGCACAGAAAGAAGCCAUGUGAUGAGACAGUAUCCCUGAUGUCGACUUUGCAGUUCUGUGAGGCCCAGUUUUACUUCCUGUGUCCUGCUAUUUACCAAGACCAUGUUGGGCAAUGUAGAGAAAGUGCCAGCCCCACUGUUAGCUUAUAUGGUGACUUUGUGUGAACGACACAAACAUUCCCCUUCCUGAGAUACUUUACUGCCAUCUAUUGGAAAACUGUCAUAAUAACUACUAUAUAAAUUAAUAAUAGAGAGGAGCCCUGGUGGUACAGUGGUUAAGAGCUUGGCUGCUAAUCAAAAGGUCAGCAAUUUGAAUCCACCAGCUGCCCCUAGAAAGCCCUAUGGGGGCAAUUCUACUCUGACCUAUAGGGUCACUAAGAAUCAGAAAAGACAGGAUGGCAACCCGUUUGGUUUGGUUUUUUGGUACUGUGAAUGGUGUCUCAUGGGAAAUGUUUUAUCUGUGCAAAUGUAAGUCCCCCCCACCUGUCACCUCAGGGCCUCUGAGGGGCAGAGGCACAAAUGCUGAUAACUCACAACCUGAGCUUAGCAAAGUCAGUGGACAACAGACAGGAGUUAAGGGGGCAAAACAAGGGAUAGCCCAGCCAUAACCCUGAAUUUCAGUCUCAGAGGUGAAAGGUUGUAAUCAGAAGGAGUAGUUCCCCACUUUACAUUGCCUUGUCCCUGGCAGGGCAUGAAGACUGUAGUGGUGGGGGCUUUGGGCCAGUUCCAGUAUUUCACAAAGCCCAGUGGGUGAGAAUCAUUUUAAUCUAGGAGAAGCUGGGACAGGCCAACAAAAUGUCCUUUCUUUUUUUCCUUCUGGCUGGAAUUAUAUUAAUUCUUUUGUGGCCACUCUUAUUAACCCGAGCCAUGGUGUUUUCAAUCGCCUCAUAUGCAUGCGAAAGCUGGACAACAAGAAAUAAGGAACACCGAAGAGAACUGAUGCCUUUGAAUUGUAGUGCUGGUGAAGAAUAUUGAAUAUACCAUGGACUGCCAAAAGAACGAACAAACCUGCCUUGGAAGAAGUAUAACCAGAACGUUCCUUAGAAGCAAGGAUGGCGAGACUACAUCUCACAUACUUUGGACAUGUUAUCAGGAGGGAUCAGUCCCUGGAGAAGGACGUUGUGCUUGGUAAAGUAGAGGGUCAUCGAAAAAGAGGAAGACUCUCAACGAGAUGGAUUAACACAGUGGCUGCAACUAUGGGCUUAUGCAUGGUAAUAAUUACGAGGACAGCAUAGGACCGGGCAGUAUUUUGUUCUGUUGUGCAUACGGUUGCCAUGAGUCAGAACCACUCAAUGGCACCUAACAACAACUGACUACCUUGUGCUAACUGAAAGACCUGAGAAUCACAUUAAUGCAUCUUUUGUUAAUAAAAAAUGGGGAAACUGACUAUAAAUGUUAUUUGUUUCAGAGGUGAAAAUAUUUCUAAUCAUGGGGUCCCUAGAGUGGGAAAGCAAUAAAAAUGUUCCCAAAGGUGCAGAUAUUGAAAACCAUUGCUGCCAGCCAGGCCAUUCUUCAUAAAGUGGGUAAGUCAAAGACUUGAGAGGGCAAGGGACCUGCCUGAGGUCACAUGAUCUGAGUAAACUGCAGAAUUAUGAUUCUAACUUGGGUCUCUUAGCUCCUGAACCAGGGCUCUUUCUCAAUCCCCAAGAGGUGACAGCUUCUUCUUUCUUCUUCCUCUUCUUAAAAUUUCAUAAACUUUUAUUCAGACUUACAGAAAAAAAAACUUCAUAAACAUUUGUCAAAAGAUUACGGAUAUUGUUAAUAUAUUGCUUUAAUAACAAUUUUUAAGCUCCAAGCUUGCUUACUAGUGACCUAAUAACAGCUCCAAGCUUACUAAUGACCUAAUAACAGCUCUUAUUUUUUCAUAGAGCAGAUUAAACUGUACUCUUAAAAGCAAAACAUCUCCUUAUAUAUGAAUAAGACAUAUGUUCCCCUAAUGCAAUCUAAGACAUAAUGCCCUGAACUUUAGAAAAUCAGUUUAUUUUAAUUAAAGGCAAUUCUUGAUAUCUUAAAAGUCUUGUAAUAUUAUUUUAAUUGUCAAAUUUUUUACAGUAAGUGUAAUGGUUUCAAUAAUUAGAUAUUAUUAAUUUAUCUCUAUAUAAUAAUUUUUAUAUUUUUUCUCUGUCAUGCCAAAAGGCAGAUUGAUACAACCCAGAAAAUUGAUAGUAUGAAUCUGUACGUUUUUGUUUAGCAUCAGUUGGAAAAACCUUAAAAUAUUUGAUUAUUAAUUUUAUAAAUUUUAUACCCUUUUUUAUUAAGGUAUAAUUUAUAUUGUCAUGGUUAUCUAGGGCUGCCAUAACAGAAAUAUCACAAGUGGAUGGCUUUAACAAAGAGAAAUUUAUUUUCUCAUAGUCUAGUAGGUUACAAGUCCAAAUUCAGGGCAUCAGCUUCAGGGGAAGGCUUUCUCUCUCUGUAGGCUCUGGAGGAAGGUCUUUGUCCUCAACCUUCCCCUGGUCAAGGAGCUUCUCAGGUAUAGGGACCCCGUGUCCAAAGGACAUGCUCUGCUCCUGGUGCUGCUUUCUUGGUGGUAUGAGGUCCCCAACCCUCUGCUUGCUUCCUUUUCCUUUUAUCUCUUGAGAGAUAAAAGGUGGUGCUGGCCACACGCCAGGGAAAUUCCUUUUACCUUGGGUCAGAGAGGUGACCUGAGUAAGGGUAGUGUUACAAUCCUACCCUAAUCCUCUCAACAUAAAAUUACAAUCACAAAAUGGAGGAUGACCACACAAUACCAGGAAUCAUGGCCUAAGGAAGUUGAUAACACACAUUUUUGGGGGACAUAAUUCAAUCCAUGACAUGUAUGCAGUAAAAUUCACUCUUUUUAGUGUACAGUACAGUUCUGUGAAUUUUGACAAACAUGAAUAAUUGCGUAAUCACCACUACAAUCAAAAUAUGUAAUAAUUUCAUCACUCCCCAGAAACGUUUGAGAGCUUAGCCUCUGCUAAAUAUAUCUUCAUUUUGGGGUCUGAUCCAAGGGCCGUUCACUUCCUCUCAUUAGACAACUGGGCCUUUCCCAGGAAGCUCUUGGGCCUCAGGCUGAUGGGAAUAGUGAGGUCACUGUGUUCACACUCAGAGAGAAAGGGCUGGGUGUAGCAGAUAUAAGGCCAUUCCUCCAGGCUUUCAAAAGGUUCUCAUUCUAGAAGGGGACACAGGGGAAGAGGAGAGGGGGGCUGAGGGGAGUACCAGCUGAGUCUCUCCUGGGUUUGAUCAGACAGCCAGUGUCCCUCUGCUUCCCUGGUUCAGCCACCCUGCCUGGCCUCAGCCUCCUCAGAUACACACACACACACACACACACACACACACACAAAAUGCACACAUAGAAUUAUCUUUACAGGCAAAUACACAAAUAUAUAUCUAACAUCUAUAAACACAUACAUAUAUAUGAUAACUCUCUACACAAAUGCAUACUCACAUGUAAACAAGCUCAGGCAGACAUGCACACACUGAUACAAAUACAGAUUCCCACACACUACUUUAGGGAAAGUUGCAUCACUUGGGGGCAUUAUCUGCAAUUUGCUCCUCCUGUUGCUCAACUUCGUACUUCCCCAUGCCGUGAGGCAUCAGUUGCUGCCUGAUGCUGACUCUCCGUUGGGGCUGCCUUCCUGCUGUGAAUUAUGGAUGGAAAAAAAAAACAGGAUGAUGUCUGAUUUUCUACUGAUUUGGGCAGCUUGUGUUAUUGAGAGAUGUGAGAAGCCUGAUGCUGGUUACAAGUGAGGUGUUAGGAGCUGGCAGGACAGUAAGGCAUGGGAAAGUGACGUGUAUGUGACUCCACUUGUAGAGACAGAUCACUGUGCAGAGAGCUCGCUGCCAGAGAUGGCUAUCGGUGUGUCACUCUAUACCUAACUGUUUUUGUGUUUCUAGUCUUGGGAAAGCCCAUAUUUGUGGCAUUCGCACUUUUCUGUAUGAUCAGUGGGAUUUAUCUCAGCUUGCACAUGGUAAAUUCUUCAUUGAGCUUUGGAGAGAAAGGGUAUGCCUGUGGGUUCAUCAGCUGAUCUUUUUUUUUUUUUUUAAUUAAAAUGUUUUAUGUAUUUUUGGUGAAAAUAUACACAGCAAAACAGGUUCCCAGUCAACAAUUUUUAUGCAUAAUAUUCAGUGACGUUGUUUACAUUUUUCAAAUUGUGUCAAUAUUCUCAUUUUUUCUGUUUUAGUUGUUCCAUUCCCAUUAACUUAGUCUUACAGCUCCCCAACUUUCUCAUCUAUGCUUUAGAGUAACUGUUGUCCUUUUUUUUUUUUUAAAAA